UUGUUUAGACUGUAGCAUCCAGAGUGAACAUCAGACCAGCUGACAGCCAAUCAGACUAGCAAAGCUAGGUGGCAUCCGUCACCUCCCAACCAACAGCCACAGUUAUAAGAGUGUCUAAACGGAAUGAGGGGCUUUAGGUAAGCAAGAGACCCGCCUUCCUGACGUGCAGCUCUUCUAGACGACUGGAACUUGUUUUUAAAAGACGCUACAGGCCAAAACCUUAAACAUGACUGCUACAGAAAAGACAGAUUGUUACUCGGACAGGCAGCGAAAACCCGAGAAGGACGAAACAACGUGGGUAGAUGAUGCUUUUGAUGAAUCCUACACAGAGAAAGAUGGCUCUGUGCCUCCAGCUAAGAUCGUAUGGAGAAAUGUUGUGCUGAUGACUAUACUGCACGUCGGAGCUGUUUACGGACUGACCAUAGUUCCUACUGCUAAACCUUUCACACUGUUAUGGGCCUGCCUGUGUUUCCUAAUUAGUGCCUUGGGAGUGACAGCUGGGGUACAUCGGCUCUGGAGCCACCGGUCCUAUAAAGCCAAACUGCCAUUAAGAAUCUUCUUAGCCACUGCAAACUCUAUGGCUUUUCAGAAUGAUAUCUAUGAGUGGUGUAGAGACCAUCGUGUCCACCACAAGUAUUCAGAGACUAAUGCAGACCCACAUAAUGCCAGAAGAGGCUUCUUCUUUUCUCAUAUUGGCUGGCUGUUGGUACGUAAGCACCCAGAAGUCAUUGAGAAAGGGAGCAAACUGGAUCUCAGUGACCUGAAGGCAGAUGGUGUCGUUAUGUUCCAGAGAAGGUAUUAUAAGUUGUCUAUACUGGUGAUGUGCUUCCUUGUUCCAACACUGGUGCCAUGGUACUUCUGGGGUGAAAGCCUGUGGGUGGCUUAUUUCAUCCCAGGCCUGCUAAGAUACGCUAUGGUCCUUAAUGCCUCCUGGCUGGUUAACAGUGCUGCCCACAUGUGGGGCAUGAGGCCCUUUGACCGCAACAUCAAUCCCAGAGAGAAUACAUUUGUUGCCUUAACUGCUAUUGGGGAAGGCUUCCAUAACUACCACCACACAUUUCCAUAUGACUAUGCUACCAGUGAGUAUGGUAGUAUGCUGAACAUCACCAAGAUGUUUAUUGAUUUCAUGUUCUACAUUGGCCUUGCCCAAGACCUCAAGAAGCCAUCUCAUGAAACGAUCACUGCUCGGGUUCAACGCACUGGUGAUGGCAGUCACAAAAGUGGCUAAGUAAUUUCUAACAUUUUACAAGCCAAAAUGUGUCAUAGGAAGCUAAACCAAUAUAUAAAUAUAUUUGUGCAGCAAAUGUCCUAGUACUGUCUGCAACUUUGCAGUGAAUUAAGAAUUCCUGUCUUGAUUACACAGACUAAGGACCACAGUUUAAUUUUUUGGCUUAAUUUAUUAUGAAACUAUGUGUACUUUAGCACUGGAAAGUUUAAUUUUGAAACAUGAUUUGCUCUAACUAAGGUCCUGUAACAGUAUUGCUUAGCAGCAAAUUGAGCUAAAUCUAAUCAGUAUCACUGUUUGUUUAGAAAGUAAAAUCUACCUUGAAAUAAUUCUGCUAAACUAUGCAGGCUAUACAGUUACAGCUUAUUAUAUAAUAUCACAUAUGUGCUAUUAACCCCUUUGGCACUUUUGGUUUACGUUCAAGUCGUCAUAAAGUGAUAAAAGUAAAAGAAGUGACAGAAUGGAUAGAAAAAGCAUAUAAAAGUUUUUCUGAGCACUGAAACUGCUGAGUUGCACACUGUCGUAUUUUAUUGUAAAUUCAGUAAAUUCCAGAUUUUAUUUUAAAUAUGGACAACUACUAUGCUGGCCUUCAGAUUUCAAUUUAUAUAAACACAAAUGCUGUAUAAUUUUGAAUUUGUUGUUAAUAAUUUAACAAUAUUUACCUAAUCCGGACAAAAAAAAUCUGAUUUUGACACCAAUGCUUAAAAAUCUAUAUAUAUAUAUUGUCAAAAAAACUGUUUUUUUCUCACACUGGAAUGAAAUGAAAUCUAUAUUGGCACCCCUCAAUUUAGUUCAGUCAAGCUCACACUAAUCACUAGUGAUUUUUAACGAAAUGGACCAUUACAGUAAGUUAUUUUAUUAUUUGCUUUUGACCAUCACCUCUUCAGAGUCUCUGCCUUAAAAUUGGGAUUCAGUUUAGAGGACAAAAAUUUAUACCUUGGCAUGCAGUGCAAUAUACCCCUAUUUAUAUAUUCCUAUAUAAUUUAUCUUCCUAAAUUGCACUUUAAUUUAUCAAACCACAACUAUGCUUUUUAAACAGGGUUGGCUUUUUUGAUCACAGUGGGAACAAAUUCAUUCUGUUUAAUCGAAGUUGCUUUAAUUGAAUAAAACUGAAUCAUGAGAUCACAUUUUGGCACACUGAAAAAUAUUAGUUACAAAGCUGGCAACACAUAAACCUGUUCCUACAUGGAGCAGUUAGAGAGAUGAUUCUUUCCACCAUGUUUGUCAAACCUUCAAUGAGCUCCAGUCCAAUGAAUGAGUUUCAGAUUGCCUUUACUACAAAAGAUACAAUUGAUACCUGCACAUUUAAGCCAAACUAAAGUACUUAAGGAGAUGCAUGCUUUAUGCUGCCUCCUGAAUAGGACAGUGUUCAUGUAGGCAGCGUGCAAUGUUGCCCAGAAAAACUGCCUACAUACACAGCUGACUUGAAAAUAACUUACAUGCGGGAUUAGUGAUCAUAUUUGAAAGUGUUUAAAGUAAUAACAAGAAAGUGUGUUCUGCAUAUUUAUUGUUGUAUAUUGUCCAGCAUACCUUUUCUUUUCUAUAUGACCUAUCGUUUUUAAUGCCAAGACGAUAAAACUCCACAUACUGUAAUUUGAUGAAAGGAAAGGAUCUAUUUUUUUUUUCCGGCAUACGAGCCUUGUCAUCUUAGAACUCAUAUUUUUUAAAAGAUUUUUUUUUCCAACCGAUUUCUGAAUUUUAUGCGGGGAUAAAUAUAUAUGUACUAUUUUAUGCUGAGUUGUUUCUAAUUGUAAGUUUAUUCAUAAGCUAUUUAUUGAAGAAUGUGUAACGUAGUUGCUUGCAUAAGUAUUUUUGAGGGUUGUCCAUAAUUACAACAGACAUGUAUUUUUAAUGAAAAUUGUUUAUUAGAUUCCUUUCAUAUGUGAAUGUAAGAACAAAAUAAAAAUGUCUACAAUGCC